UGCGCUGCGCCGAGGCGGGCGGGCGGAGCGGGGCGGGCGGAGCGCGGCGCGUGGGGCUCGCCAUUAGCCGUCGCUCCGCUUCGCCAUCUCGGGCUUUGUCUGGCGACUCGCUGCUCCGGCGUCGGCUGCGGCGGAGCUGCGGCUCGGCUCCUCGACCCGUCGCGUUCCCUAGGUGCCCCCGGCCCGCGUUCUCAUCCAUUCGCUCGCGCGGGGACCGCGAGGUAGGCGAGUGCCCAAGCCUGGCGCCGAGAUCAGCAUGUCUGCGCCCCAAGCCCGCGGCCACGCUCGGAGGAUAAGGGUGGGCACGGACCACCCGCUCCAGGAGGCGGGAGAGGGAAGCGGGUGAGGGUUGACCUGGAAGGCCGGAGCUCAGCUGAGGAGUGGUGGGGGAGCUCCGGAGCUGGGCUGCGGGCACUCCCGAGCGUCUCCGGCUGCCGGGGGGACCCUCCGGGCACCGUCUUCACGGCCGCGCCCUCCCUCCCGCGCCGGCCAAGCUUGCUAGUUCCCCCCUCGGGUCUGGCGAGGUCGCUCUCGGCGCGCCCGCCCGCCUCGGCUCCGAGCCCCGCCGCCAUCCGGGCGGCUGCGUGUCUCCCUGGCUCGGCCCCCCCCUUCCCCGGCGGCAACAGCAGCAGCAGCCGCCGCCGCCACCACCACCACCCCCCUCCCCUCCUUCCUUCCCUCCGCCUCGGCCGCCCGGGUCCCCCCAGCUCCCGCCCCUCCUCCCAGUUGCCCCCCGCGGAGCCCGCCCGGGCAGGCUGUGGGAGGGAGCGGAGCCGGCGAGGCGGGCGGGCUGGCGCUCGCUCCCCGGGGGUCGGUGUGCGCUCUACGGGGAAGGACGCGCUCGCUGCCCCGCUUCUCCCGCCCCCCCUCCCGCUCCUCCUCCUCCCUUCUCCCUCCUCCUCCCCGCUCCGGCGGCGGAGGCUGCUGCGGCGGCGGGGGGUGUGCGAGCGGAGGCCGGGGCCGGCGGGCGGGCGGCGGGCGGGCUGCCUGCAGGCGGAGGGCGCUGUGCUUUGUGCUUUUCGCCGCGAGGAGCAGCAGGCAGCAGCCAAAGCUGCCGCCGCCGCCGCCACAGCAGCAGCAGCCGCCGCCCCAGCGCCGCCGCCGCCGCGCCCGGAGGAGGAGCCGCUGCCGCCGCGGGAGGGAGCUGCGGCUGUGCCCGGCCAAGCGGGGGAGGGCGCCGCCGCUCAGAGCCGGGGAAGGAGCUGCGGGAGCGGGAAGCCCGGAGGCCGCGCUGCGCUGGGGUGAGGUGGCUUUGACCCCGGGUUGCCCGGCUGGCCGGCUGGAGGAUGAACGGAGAAGCAGAUUGCCCCACAGACCUGGAAAUGGCCGCCCCCAAAGGCCAAGACCGCUGGUCCCAGGAAGACAUGCUGACUUUGCUAGAAUGCAUGAAGAACAACCUUCCAUCCAACGACAGCUCCAAGUUCAAAACCACUGAGUCACAUAUGGACUGGGAAAAAGUAGCAUUUAAAGAUUUUUCUGGAGACAUGUGCAAGCUCAAAUGGGUGGAGAUUUCAAACGAGGUGAGGAAGUUCCGCACAUUGACAGAAUUGAUCCUCGAUGCUCAGGAACAUGUUAAAAAUCCCUACAAAGGCAAAAAACUCAAGAAACACCCAGAUUUCCCAAAGAAGCCCCUGACCCCUUACUUCCGCUUCUUCAUGGAGAAGCGGGCCAAGUAUGCGAAACUCCACCCUGAGAUGAGCAACCUGGACCUGACGAAGAUUUUGUCCAAAAAAUACAAGGAGCUUCCUGAGAAGAAGAAGAUGAAAUAUAUUCAGGACUUCCAGAGGGAGAAACAGGAGUUCGAGCGAAACCUGGCCCGAUUCAGGGAGGAUCACCCUGACCUAAUCCAGAAUGCCAAGAAGUCGGACAUCCCCGAGAAGCCCAAAACCCCCCAGCAGCUGUGGUACACCCACGAGAAGAAGGUGUACCUCAAAGUACGGCCAGACGCCACUACGAAGGAGGUGAAGGACUCCCUGGGGAAGCAGUGGUCUCAGCUCUCGGACAAAAAGAGGCUGAAAUGGAUUCAUAAGGCCCUGGAGCAGCGGAAGGAGUACGAGGAGAUCAUGCGUGACUACAUCCAGAAGCACCCCGAGCUGAACAUCAGCGAGGAGGGCAUCACCAAGUCCACCCUCACCAAGGCCGAGCGCCAGCUCAAAGACAAGUUCGACGGGCGACCCACCAAGCCACCCCCGAACAGCUACUCGCUGUACUGUGCAGAACUGAUGGCCAACAUGAAGGACGUGCCCAGCACUGAGCGCAUGGUGCUGUGCAGCCAGCAAUGGAAGCUGCUCUCCCAGAAGGAGAAGGAUGCCUACCACAAGAAGUGUGACCAGAAAAAGAAAGAUUACGAGGUGGAACUGCUCCGUUUUCUAGAGAGCCUGCCUGAGGAAGAGCAGCAGCGGGUCCUGGGGGAGGAGAAGAUGUUGAACAUCAACAAGAAGCAAGUCACCAGCCCCGCCUCCAAGAAGCCCUCCCAGGAAGGGAGCAAGGGUGGCUCGGAGAAGCCCAAGCGGCCCGUGUCGGCCAUGUUCAUCUUUUCUGAGGAGAAAAGACGGCAGCUGCAGGAAGAACGGCCUGAGCUGUCUGAGAGCGAGCUGACGCGCCUGCUGGCCCGCAUGUGGAAUGACUUGUCAGAGAAGAAGAAGGCCAAGUACAAGGCUCGGGAGGCGGCCCUGAAGGCCCAGUCGGAGAGGAAGCCUGGCGGGGAGCGCGAGGAGCAGCGGGGCAAGCUGCCCGAGUCGCCCAAGAGGGCUGAGGAGAUCUGGCAGCAGAGCGUCAUCGGCGACUACCUGGCCCGCUUCAAGAAUGACCGGGUGAAGGCCUUGAAGGCCAUGGAGAUGACCUGGAACAACAUGGAGAAGAAGGAGAAACUGAUGUGGAUUAAGAAGGCGGCUGAAGACCAAAAGAGAUAUGAGAGAGAGCUGAGUGAGAUGCGGGCACCUCCGGCUGCUGCAAACUCCUCCAAGAAGAUGAAAUUCCAGGGAGAACCCAAGAAGCCUCCCAUGAACGGUUACCAGAAGUUCUCCCAGGAGCUGUUGUCCAAUGGGGAACUGAACCAUUUGCCACUGAAGGAGCGCAUGGUGGAGAUUGGCAGCCGCUGGCAGCGCAUCUCCCAGAGCCAGAAGGAGCAUUACAAGAAGCUGGCUGAGGAGCAGCAGAAACAGUACAAGGUGCACCUGGACCUCUGGGUCAAGAGUCUGUCUCCCCAGGACCGUGCUGCAUACAAAGAGUACAUCUCCAACAAACGUAAGAGCAUGACCAAGCUGCGAGGCCCGAACCCCAAGUCCAGCCGGACGACCCUGCAGUCCAAGUCGGAGUCAGAGGAGGAGGAGGACGACGAUGACGACGACGAGGAUGAGGAUGAAGAAGAGGAAGAUGACGAGAACGGGGACUCCUCCGAGGACGGCGGGGACUCCUCUGAGUCGAGCAGCGAGGAUGAGAGCGAGGAUGGGGAUGAGAAUGAGGAGGAUGAGGAGGAAGAGGAGGAUGAUGAGGAUGAUGAUGAGGAUGAGGACAACGAGUCCGAGGGCAGCAGCUCCAGCUCCUCCUCCUCGGGGGACUCCUCAGACUCGGACUCCAACUGAGGCUCGGCCCCAACCCGGGGCCACCAGGGAGAGGAAGAACCUCUCGGGAGAGCCCAGGGACGCCCCUCCCCAACUGACCACCUUUGUUUCUUCCCCAUGUUCUGUCCCCUGCCCCCCUGGCCUCCCCCACUUUCUUUCUUUCUUCCUUUUUUUUUUAAACAAAAUAUGGUGGGGGGGAGGGGGGCUGGAGGAUCCCAGGCCAGGACUCUGCAGCCCCAGAGACAUCAGCCCUGGGGGGCCCUCCAGGGCAAGCAACCAUCAGACUGAGCCAGCACUGGACUGCCCCGCCCACCCCUCUGCAGAGCCUGCUGCACUUGCGGUUCCGGUUCCGGCAUGGACAAUGGACCAGGGGGUGGGGGUCCCAAAGAGUUCAAUGUGGCCCUCCACGCCUGCAGCCCACCCCAAGGCAGAGUGGGUGGAAGCCUGGGGAGAGCCCCUUCCUUCCCAGGGGGGCUUGCCUGGACCCCUGCAUUGGAACUGGAGGCAGGGAACACGUGGGGAGAGGCGGGCAGGUGCCUUCCAGCAAGUAGGCAUUGCCCUGACCUCUCUCCCCUGCCCCCUGCAGGAAGGAGCUGCCUGGACCCACUCACGGGGGGGAGCGGGCAGAUGUGUUUUUUAUAUAUGUGUAUAUAUUUUUUUUUUAAGCUCUGAGCUGUCAACGAGACGUUUCCUA